AGCAAAUCACAGGCAUUGAGCAAUCAAGAAAACAAAAGCAAUACUCAAGACUUAAAAAAUUCUCUCUUUUGUUCUCUAUUUGUUUUAUCUCUUUGAUCAAAAUGGAGAAAAGUCACGAGUCAACCACGAUUGAGAUGGGAGAGAGCAGCAAAUUAGAAAGGAGAGGCAAAGCACCACUUUUGGGAUCAACUCCUGCUAUUUCUGCUGUUGUUGGACAUGAUAAGGGCGCUGGUAAUUCCAAGAGAGGCAUUGCUAUUUUUGAUCUCAUCUUGAGAAUUGCAGCUGUUGCUACUUCCAUUGGUGCUGCUGUUGGCAUGGGCACUGCUGGAGAAACUCUUCCUUUCUUCACUCAAUUCUUUCAAUUCGAAGCCGGUUACGACGAUCUCCCUACUUUUACGUUUUUUGUGGUAGCCAUGUCAAUAGUGGUUGGCUACCUAGUCCUCUCCAUACCAUUCUCUAUAGUGUGCAUUGCACGCUCCCAUGCAGUUGUUCCAAGGCUGCUCCUCAUCAUCUUUGACACUGUAAGAACUACUACUUAUAUCAAACCCAAUUAAACUUGAAUAACAAAAUAAAUUUCACAAAUAGUCGAAAUUGUAAUUUAUAUAUGUGAGUUGGUAAAAAUGUUAUAA